UUUAACAACAUUACUAUGCCCUUUUUAUGGGUCUUGACAUGCUACAGUCUAAAUGUGAGAUCAAUGCAUUCUUAUUCUUCAAAAGUUGUCAUUAUGGAGUGUUGACAAUAACAAGUUAACGGUUUUGGACUGGUAAACCCUUUAUGUAGUAAAAUGGAAGUUGCAUUGGAUUUUAACGUUUGAAUUGAUAAGAACUGGUCUAAUUAUUAAAAGUUCUAUGUGACGCAAGGAAAUUGGUUUGGAUCUGGAUAUUUGUGUCCAAACAUAUAUCAAAUGCUAUAGUCUUAAGCAGUAAUUUCUACGCUAUUGAAAAGUAGUUUUCAACAAUAACAUUCCGUAUAGUAAGGGACAACAAUAGGUAUAUAUAUGUACUAGUAUACUAUUGGAUUUUUAAUAUAAAGUGGAUUAUGGAAAUCGUAUAGUCAACAAAGGAACAAUAAAACAGCCAACAAUAAUUCUGUAGUAAGACAUGGCAAAAUUUGGAGAGAAACAAUUUUCAGGAGGCAAAAGGGAGAAAAAAGAACCUUCAAGGAAAAAGACAGAAAAAAUUGUGCCAAUAUGUGGUUGGGAUCCAAUUCAACUAGAAGAUGACUGUGAUAUAUCAACAUGGAUGCAAUGGCAAAGAGAUCGAUGUUUCGUCAAAAGAAAACCAACAGAGCUAGAUUUAUAUCGGAAUUUAAGCCUAGAUAAAUGUUCUUCUAUAGAUGAUGUUGGUAAUUUUGAAUACGCUAGCUUGGCAGAUAGAUUUCAGAAGAAUCCGCAGCAUUUUAAACAAUUCAAUUCGGAGAACAUUUCCGAAAACAUCCGAAGAAAUUCCGCGGAAGAGAAGCAUAUCAUUUCUCCAAAGAUUGAAAAGAAAUCUCAUCGUAUAGUCAAGAGUGCUGGUGCGAACAUUGCGUCUAAAAAAACAGAAAUAAGUGCCAUAGAAAUUAAAACGCAACCCGCUGAAGAGAUUCCUCAAAAACCAACAGAGAGUCAGGAUACUGUGAAACCAAACGCUUCUAAAGAUGGCGAAGAAGCUGAAGAGCUUCAAGAUGAUGGUUAUGAAUCAAAGACAUCUUGCAAUGACGAAACAAAUAGUGGCGAAAUUCGUCCAGUACCCCUCCUUGAUCUCGCAGACAAGACAGCUGACCGUGAAGGUAACCAUGUGGGCGACAAUGUAGGUGAUAAUGAAACUGCCAGAAAGUCAUCAAGCUUCCGUUGGCUUCGCGAACAGGACGAUUCCGUCAAUAAAAAGGUUGUGAAAGUAACGUACGCUCAAAAUAAUGAAUUAACUUCUUCAGUGUAUCGUCAUAAUAUUAUAAAUAGUUCUCGAGCCUUUGUUACCAACUAUAUCAAACGAUACUACCCUAAAACAAACAAAUCUCAAUUGUCUACUGGAGAUCGACCGAGCAGCUUAGUUCUGAGUCGAGUGGGUAUUCAGGAUUCCAAUGAGGUGGAAACACCACAAACUGUGGCUAAAAUUCACAAUACCUCACCGGAUCUAAACGUAUCUAAUCUUGUGACACGGACCGUUGUUAAUAGAAGCGCUGGUCGACCAUCUAGUCGUAACCGAGUAGGAAGUUAUAAGAGCGUUAAAUCUGUAGAUUCUGAUGGACAAUAUUUCCCUAUGAAAGAUCUGCUACCGGCUGUGGAUCAGAAUAUACAAGAUAAGCAGCUAGAAAGGUAUACUAAACAUAGUGUAGAGGAAUAUUAUGGGAAGAUUGGCUGUGGUGACAAACAAAUAUCAUCUAUUGAAGCAAUCUCUAGAUCACUUGAUAAGCAUAUCGGUCCACCACCAUUUCGACCACAUUAUUUAAGAUCUCCACUACAGAGGGCUCGGGAGCAAAGUAAUAAAAAAGUGAAUGGCAAAAUAAUACAACUGCCGGACGGUUCUGAGACCUAUAGGGUCUGUACGCCAAGAUAUUAUAUAGAAAAAACAGUCAAAUCACGAGCUGGAUCUGCUGAUAGGCCAGCCCGUGUUAAGUUGUGUCUCUUUGGAUCGAGCACAAUCAAAUCAGCAGAGGCUAGAAGAACCACUCCACGCCAUCUUAGUGCUAGGACAUGUCGUGAGCGGACCAUUCAAACGACAAAUAUAAUCAAACGAAUGAUGAAGAAGAAAUGAAACUAUGAUUGUUCCGUUGGACUCAAAUAAAACCUUGACUUUCCACAAUUUAUAUAAACUUUGAGCCCAUAAGCUGUUGGAAAUAAAAUCGUAAAGCACA